GUUGUGUGAGCAACCAAGGGUGCAGCCUGGCCCCACGGGGAAGGAAGGCUGGUGGCGCGGGCCCCUGGGAGACGUGGCAGUGCCUGGAGGGGGUGGGGACAAGGCGCCAGGCCCACCAUUAGCACCAUGCUCCUGGGGAUCCUCGUGGUGCUCUGCUUCAUCCCUACUGCUGAUGUAACAGAAAACAAGAUUUUAGUGGCUCAGCGUCCUUUGCUCAUUGUAGCUAACAAAACUGCAACUCUAGUCUGCAACUACACAUACAAUGGAACAGGGAAGGAAUUUCGAGCUUCACUGCACAAAGGAACAGACAGUGCAGUUGAAGUUUGCUUUAUUUCAUGGAACACCACCAAAACUAGCACUAAUUCAAAUAAAGAAUUCAACUGUCAGGGGUUUCAUGAUAAAGACAAAGUAAUCUUCAAUCUUUGGAAUAUGACUGCCAACCAAACUGACAUCUACUUUUGCAAAAUUGAGGCCAUGUAUCCGCCCCCAUACGUCUACAAUGAGAAGAGCAACGGGACCGUCAUUCAUGUGAAAGAGACACCCAUCCAAACACAAGAGCCUCAAUCUGCAAUUCGUUUGUGGAUUAUGGUGGCAGUGACUGGAGUUCUUGCUUUCUACAGUAUGCUAAUAACCGCAGCUUUCAUUAACUACUGGCAAAAAUCCAAAAAGAAUAUGUACCAUCAGAGUGACUACAUGAACAUGACUCCCCGGCAUCCACCAUACCAGAAGAACAAGGGUUACCCAUCCUAUGCACCAACACGAGACUACACUGCAUAUCGGUCCUGGCAGCCGUGAUACCCACCAGCUGACCCACCAGUAGCCUUGUGUGCUUCCAGGCAGUCACUUGCUCUUGGACAUGGAAGGACAGCCUCUCAUUUUCUCACCAUAUUUGUCAUUAUUGAUCAUGGAUACCUACACCAUAGCAAGUAUUGGCUAAACUUUGAUGUAAUAUACUAAAAAAGAAAACAAACAUAAAAAGGGGGUGGGGGGUGGGGGUAAAAAAGGAUUGUUCUCCAUGAUGAUUGAAAAUGAGAUACAACUGGUGUUGAGGGUUGACAGUGGGUGAGACAGAAAUAUGGCAUCAGACCUCAGAGCUGGUCUCCUCCUAACACCUGUGGUUUUGCUCAGCUGUUGGGAGAACCAGAACUUCUGACCUUUACCAAUAACUGCUGCCUUAGAUUUAACCCUUAAUUUCCUAUCCUGUAUGUCUAAUCCUCAGAAACCCUUGUUGCUGUUAAAUAUAGCAAAACGUAAAAAAAAAAAAAUCUUCCCUACAAGACCAGGGCACAGUCUGAAGUUCAAAACACAUGCUUGAAAGAAAGAGGGAAAAGUCAGCCAGAAGGCAUCCAAGUUAUGAGGCAAUGACACACAUGGGCCACCAGGACAAACCAAGCUGACCGAAAACUACUAAACUUUCAACACGUGAGUCCUUAGACUGGACACUUGGUAAAUGUUCAUAAGGCCAUUUGAAGUCAUGACCAAGCAACUCCACAGAGUGAGAAAAUAAUCAACCUGAAGACAAAAUCAAGACAAGCAGGAGACGAAGAAAGAUCUGUUGUUGUCAUGAAGAACCCCAUUUCUGUUUUGUUUGCCUCCUACAGUGAGGGAACACAAAGCCGUAUGGGAAGCAUUAGAAGACACAGAGGUCAGAUUUUGAGGACAGCUUUAGUUUCAUUUUUGAAUUUUUGUUUCUAUGCAAACGGCAUUCUGCUGAGUCUUCCUGAAAAUUCAUGCACAUCUUCUGUCGCCUAGGUUGUACCAGACCUCUUUCGAAAAUCUGGGUCCAGUCAUGAGCAACUAAAGAUCACUUGAAUUUUUUUUCCCAUAAGCACCCAGUUUUUGGGGUGUAAGAGGGUCCUUUGUUCCCACCAUUGUGAAUUGGACCUGCAAGUGCUCAGCCACCUGCAGGGACUGCUCUACACUUCGAUGAACUUUGCAUUGCCUGGAGGUUACCUUUCUAUCUAAAGAUGUUCUUCAGGAAUGCUCCAUGGUGGAGUAGGACAAAGUCUUCAGCAAAACUUGCAUCGUUCCCUUCAGUUAAGCAUGUUUACAUUAACAAGACAUCCUAAACUAUAAUCGGGGUUGUCUUGGCAUAAAAUCCCUUUUUCGUACUGAGGAGAUGAGGUUUAUUUUACAGGGACUACUGAAUAAACAAUUACAUGAGAAAUAAAUCCAUAUUCCUACGUUGAAAUAAAAUUGGGGUUGUACGACAUUUACUAUCCUCCAAAUUGGGCUAAGAAGAUUCUUUUUCUCUUU